CUGGUAUUUCUUUAAACAAAGCAUUAGCCAUUGCUGCUAGAACUUUAAGAGCUGCUUUAAAACCAGAAAUUAAAGCUGUUGCUGAAAGAAGAGGUUUCACUGAAGUUAAAGUUAUUAAGAUCGAAAAUGGUGUUCAAUCUGAUGCUAGACCAUUACAACAACAUUAA